GGUGUGUUUAGCAACAGGCUCUUCUAUAGAAUCUGUUUGUUCUGGUCUGAAGCUGCUGCUAACUGCGCUGAAUGAACUGUCUGUCAUCUAGAAGAUUUCAGAGAGAAACGCUAACAUUUAAAAGCAGAUUUGUUUGCUAGGGAUUGGGACAUUUUGUCAUUUGUUUUCUAAAGCUGCAGUUUAAUUAAGCCUUUAAGUAGUGUCUGUGUUGCUAAGGUAGUUGGCUCAAGGUUGUGUUAAGGUUAGGGUGUUUGACGUUCUAACAAUGAAGGAAGAGAUUGCAGCAGCAGUGUUCUUCGUUGCUCGGCUGGCGAAGCGCCAUGGUAGUUUAGAUGCUGAAAGCAGAGAGGAGUUUGCUGCUGCCCUCACCUCAGCCCUGUUUGACACCUACAAGACCCACUGGUACCCUCACACACCUGUCAAGGGACAAGCCUACCGGUGCCUGCGUAUGAACCGAGCUCAGCUGAGGGACCCUGUGUUGGAGAGGGCGUGUUUACGUAGUGCUGUCUGUUACGAGGACCUGGGGUUGCCACGGGAGAUGACAAUCUGGGUCGACCCUGGAGAAGUGUCCUGCAGGUACGGAGAGCGCAGCGUUCCCUUCUGUGUGAUGCAGCUGCAGGGAUGUCACCAGGGUGACAAGGAGUUUUCCCGACGUAUACAUAAUGCAGUGGAGCGGGCCGCCUCCGACAUCCAAUCAGGCUGCUCCGACGAGGAGGACGGGGACACCAGCAUGAAUAGCAGCUGCAGCAGCCUAUCUGCUCCCUGCCCUGCCCACAACCCGAAACCCAAAACCAUCCCAACAGUCAGCAACCCCAACAGUGUCUACCAAGUAACUAACCAGUUCAGUGAGUUUGCUCCAGUGCCACCCCCUCCGGCCUGGGCAGCUUACUCCAACAGAAGGGCCUUCCCUGGGGAUGGCUACCCCCCCCACGGCCCCCCCUCUGGAGGUCUGUUCACCCAGCAGCACAGCAGCCAGUUCCAGCCUCCUAAAGGAAUCAAACCCUACAGAGCCACCUCCUCCUUCACUGGGCCCAGGCAGGACAAGUACCACUGGGUCAGCAAGAACCGCUCCUAGAAUGUCAACCUAGAACCUACUGGAAACAAGACUCCACUGGCUGCUUGGAGCCCAGAACACUUAAAAAUAUUAAAAGGUCAAAGUGUGAAUUAUGAAAAGGUUAAAGCAAUGCUGUUAUAGCAUUUUUAAAGUUGCAGUAUUUUUAUUUAAAAAAUAUUUUAUGUCUUAACUAUUGUGAUUGUUAAACUGGAAAAUAUUCUGAAUAAAAUUUAUUUGUUUUUAACAAA